CACAAACUUUAAAAGCCGCCCUCUCGCUCGGAGCGUGCCUUUCCUCGCCUCCGUCGCCUCCCCAAAACUCCAGCUGGUGCCUCGCUCGCCGCCAGUCUCCGCGCGGUGCUCGGGAGCCAGCAGCGCCCCCUGCCUCCCGGCGCCGCCUGCGCUGCACGGGCUUCCGCGCUCAGCCAGGGCCGCCGGCGGCGCGGUGGCUGGCUCAGCUGGGACUGCUGCUCAGAAGAGCUCCCGCGGUGCCCCGGGUCGCCUCCUCGCACCCCCACAGCCUGCAAGUCCUCCGCCCCCGCUUCUUAGUUCCCUGCAAGGACAUCGGACAAAGAGAAGCAGACCAGAGCUCACUACAGGUUAAACAGACACUACUUGAUAAAGAACAUUAUUUUCAUCAUGAAUGAUUGUAAAGAUGAGAGACUGAAGCCCAGAGACCAGGAUUUUCACCUUUUUCAUGCUGUGAUGGUCUUGAGCAUGACCAUGGUGUUUUUCCCUGUCAUUGGAACAUCUAAGGAAAAUAUUCCACGACUCAGGCUAACCUAUAAAGACUUGCUGCUUUCAAAUAGCUGUAUUCCCUUUUUGGGUUCAUCAGAAGGACUGGAUUUCCAAACCAUUCUGUUAGAUGAAGAGAGGGGCAGGCUAUUCCUGGGAGCCAAGGACCACAUCUUCCUGCUCAGCCUGGUUGACUUAAACAAAAAUUUUAAGAAGAUUCAUUGGCCUGCUGCAAAAGAACGGGUGGAAUUAUGUAAAUUAGCUGGGAAAGAUGCCAAUAUAGAAUGUGCAAAUUUCAUCCGUGUACUUCAACCCUAUAAUAAAACUCAUAUUUAUGUGUGUGGAACUGGAGCAUUUCACCCAGUAUGUGGUUAUAUUGACCUUGGAGUCUACAAAGAGGAAGUUACAUUCAAACUAGAUACACAUAAUUUGGAGUCUGGUAGACUGAAAUGUCCUUUUGAUCCUCAACAGCCGUUUGCUUCAGUAAUGACAGAUGAGUACCUCUACUCUGGAACAGCUUCUGAUUUCCUUGGCAAAGAUACUGCGUUUACUCGGUCCCUUGGGCCAACUCUUGACCACCAUUACAUCAGAACUGACAUUUCAGAGCACUACUGGCUCAGUGGAGCAAAAUUUAUUGGAACUUUCCCCAUCCCAGACACCUAUAAUCCAGAUGAUGAUAAAAUAUAUUUCUUUUUUCGUGAAUCGUCACAAGAAGGCAGUACUUCUGAUAGGACCAUCCUUUCUCGAGUUGGAAGAGUUUGUAAGAAUGAUGUAGGAGGUCAGCGCAGCCUGAUAAACAAAUGGACAACUUUUCUGAAGGCAAGAUUGAUUUGCUCCAUUUCGGGAAGUGAUGGGGCAGAUACACAUUUUGAUGAACUCCAAGAUAUCUACUUGCUCCCCACAAGAGAUGAAAGGAAUCCUGUAGUAUAUGGGGUCUUUACAACAACCAGCACCAUCUUCAAAGGUUCUGCUGUUUGUGUGUAUAGUAUGGCUGAUAUCCGAGCAGUUUUUAAUGGUCCAUAUGCUCAUAAAGAAAGUGCAGACCAUCGCUGGGUGCAGUAUGAUGGAAGAAUUCCUUAUCCUCGACCUGGCACAUGUCCAAGCAAAACCUAUGAUCCACUGAUUAAAUCCACCAGAGAUUUUCCAGAUGAUGUCAUCAGUUUCAUAAAACGACAUCCUGUGAUGUAUAAAUCUGUAUACCCAGUUGCGGGAGGCCCAACAUUCAAGCGAAUUAAUGUGGAUUACAGACUGACGCAGAUUGUGGUGGACCAUGUCAUUGCAGAAGACGGCCAGUACGAUGUAAUGUUUCUAGGAACAGACAUCGGAACUGUCUUGAAAGUUGUCAGCAUUUCAAAGGAGAAGUGGAAUAUGGAAGAGGUAGUACUGGAGGAGUUGCAGAUAUUCAAGCACUCAUCAAUCAUCUUGAACAUGGAGUUGUCCAUAAAGCAGCAACAAUUGUACAUUGGUUCCAGUGAUGGAUUGGUUCAGCUCUCUUUGCACAGAUGUGGCACGUAUGGAAAAGCUUGUGCAGAUUGUUGUCUCGCCAGAGACCCCUACUGUGCCUGGGAUGGAAAUGCAUGCUCUCGAUAUGCUCCUACUUCCAAAAGACGAGCUAGACGCCAAGAUGUUAAGUAUGGAGAUCCAAUCACACAAUGCUGGGACAUAGAAGACAGCAUUAGUCAUGAAACUGCUGAUGAAAAGGUGAUUUUUGGCAUUGAAUUUAAUUCAACCUUUCUGGAAUGUAUACCUAAAUCUCAACAAGCAUCUAUUAAAUGGUAUAUCCAACGUUCAGGAGAUGAACACAGAGAGGAGUUGAAACCUGAUGAAAGGAUCAUCAAAACGGAAUAUGGGCUACUGAUUCGAAGUUUACAAAAGAAGGACUCUGGGAUAUAUUACUGCAAAGCACAGGAGCACACAUUUAUCCAUACCAUAGUGAAGCUGACUUUGAAUGUCAUUGAGAACGAGCAGAUGGAAAAUACCCAGAGGGCAGAGCACGAGGAGGGGCAGGUCAAGGAUCUGUUGGCUGAGUCACGGUUGAGAUACAAAGACUACAUCCAAAUCCUUAGCAGCCCAAACUUCAGCCUGGACCAGUACUGCGAACAGAUGUGGCACAGGGAGAAACGGAGACAGCGAAACAAGGGUGGACCAAAGUGGAAGCACAUGCAGGAAAUGAAGAAGAAACGAAACCGAAGACAUCACAGAGAUCUGGAUGGACUUUCUAGAGCUGUGGCCACGUAGUUUUUCUAUUUAAAGCAAAAAAUUCUUUAUAUGAAAAUAAAAAUAUGGUCUUCCAUUUUGUACAGCCCUUGUAUUAACUCAAAGGACUCUCCGUGUUUUGCUGAUGCACAAGAACAAUAAUCUCAAUAAUCUGAAUAGACUAUAUGGUGAAUGUGGCUUAGUAAGGGGAAAUAAUUCAUUAAUCUGAUUCAGCUUUUCGUGAACUAAGCUUGUACCUGAAAAAACUAUUUUUAAAAAAUUCUCUAAAUAAGGACUUUGCAUUUUUAAGUGUUUUACUUACUUUCUGAGUUUACAAUUUUUUCAUGUCAUAUGAAUAGCUGAGUUAAACAAGCAUGAUAUUUGAUAUUGAAAUAAGGUGUUUUCUUCCCUUUACAUGGCCAUUAAACAUGAAGUUUACCAUGGAGCUGGGCUUCAUGUUAUUAUGAAUAUAUUUAUCAUUCCACUUUCAAAUUGGCUAUCAUGUGAAAGGAAUGGAAAGGAAAGGAAGAAGACACAAAUUUUAAAAGCUCACAUUAAUAGCAGAAAGAUUCCCAGUGAGUCAUUCACUCUUGGAGCAUAGUUGAGGAAUAGGAGAGGUGCAUUAUUAUUUUUAUUUUUUUAUUUUUCAGAUCCCAGGGAGGUAUUUAAGUUACUGCAACAAAGAUUUACUGAAGGUGUAAGUGCUUAUCCCAGAAUUUCUGAAGACUUGUCAGGAGAUGCAGGUUAGAGAAAAAUUAAUGUCAGUGCAGUGUUUUUAAAAUAUAUGCUAAGCUCAUUUACAGACACAGGGUGCUUAAUAUGUACUUUAAUACAAUGUGGGGAAACAUUUUUUUUUUAAAGUAAGAGAACAUCAUCGUGUAUACUGCAUCCUCAAGGGAAGACAUGCAGAUGGGAUUUGUAAGAGACAGAAGCAGAACUGAAGACAACCAUAAAUUCUGGCUUUGGGGAAUACUCAUAGGAGAUAUAAAAAGGAAGAACAAUCACAUAUAAAGCCGAUGGAAUGUAACCUAAGUUUAUUCACUAGUGUGCAAGCAGUUGCCAAUUUGUAAUCUAUUUUUUAAAAAUAUAUAUCAUGGGAAAUGCUAUAAAACAUCUAUAGAAAAAAUUUUUUUAAGAAAUCAUAGGACGGUUAAAUGUAAAUUUAUUUGCAGCUACUGAAUAUCAAUAUGUAUUUUCAUUAUUUUUUUCUAAAAAUUCAUCAUACUAUGUAAAUUAUUUACAUUUACUUUCUAUUCUCUCCUAAAUAGUAUAUUGUUGGAUUUUUUUGGUUAAAUAGGAAAAAUAAUAUUUACAUACAUAGAGAUAGGCUUAGGUAGACUAUAAUGGUGGUGAAUGGGGUCAUAUAUAUUUGUUGAAUAACAACAAAUGCAAAAAUUAGACAACGGAAAGGGUUAAGUUAACUCUUUGACAUCUUCAUAACCUUUUUGCAUUUCUGAGAUUAUAUGGUGUAAGUUGAAUAACAUUGUUUCAAUAAUUUAAUAAUAAAUACGUAAAUAAGCAUGUAAAAAAGCCAACUCACAACAUUAACAUAAGCAUUUUUCACAUUUUAUUAGCACUUUUAAAUGUUUCCAGUUUUACUUUCCCUCUGAAUUUAUAUGGCAUGCUUCCUGCCUGAUUAAGUAGGACUCACCUUUCCUUCUCACAACACUAAGCCUGUUGCCUUCUUCUGGUUUGCCUUUUCACGCACCUUAUAGUGUGAAAUGAAAAAUUAGUCACUUCCUCACAUGGAAGGCAGCCUUUCAGAAAACUAAAAAGCAGACAAGGCCCUUUUCUCAUGCUUUCUAAUUGUCUUGAAAGAAAAACCUGUGAGAAACCUUGUUAUGAGAGGAUACAGUUAUGAGAGGAUACAGUAUUCAGGAUCAUGUCAGUGACUAGCGUUUAUGUUCAAAACAUCCAAUUUUGCUUUGACUUCACUUACAGUUGCUUACCUAUCUCAAAGUGGUCAGAUGUCUCAGUACAUAGAGAAAAUAAGGAAUGUAUAUCUUCUUUUCAUUCAUUCAUUUUUUUCCUUUCUUUCUUUUUUCUGUAAAUGAGGCAGAGCAAAUAACUUAAAAAGGCAUAUGCAUAGCUGAAGCAGGUGAAGGGGGAUCAGACCAUUAAUUGAAUAUCACAGUAAGACUGUUAACUAUUGAUUUGCUGGUUUAAAAUGUUCUAGGAACUCAACGUAAGACUGAUAAUAAAUGACACCUAUUUCAAAAAGAUUUCUAAAUGUUUAUGUAUCAGAUGGAAUUAAUAAGAUUGUAGAUAGUAUCUAUAAAAGUACAUGACACCUGAAUAUUAAUUUGCUAUUUAAAAUAAAAUUUGUUUUGAUCAAAAUCUGAAUGUUCAAGCCAUUUUAAUUAUCUUUCUAAUCUUAGUUGUUCAGAAAAAAUUUUGAGAACCUAUUUUGUCUCACAGUAUUGUGAGACAAUACUAUGAAUACUGCUAUGAAUCCAUAAUACAAACUUAUGAUAAUUGCUUGAAAAUUGAAAUAUUAACAAAAUGUCAUAUGAUAAACAACAUAUGGAUAAGGUUUGGUUUGGAUUUAUAAAAAUGAGUUCAUCUAAGCUGCAAUUAAUUUUAACCUAAUUAAUUACUUCACAAUGUGUGAAUAUAUUUAAAGAUAAAACACACAAUGUACUUCCUUACCACUGAAGUAUUCAAUGAAGUAUUAUAAAAUUUCUGUUGAAUAUGGAAAAAUAAAAUUAUGGUUAACAGUUUCAGAUACAUAAGUCAAGAAACCAACCCUCUCUGGAAAAAAACAUCUAUGCUUAUUUUUUUGUCUCAUAUUUCUCUCCUAUUUUGAAUACAUGUUUUGGCUUAACAUGUUUUUGCCUACUUUUCCUCCUAGCUACUAAGUAGAAUCCUGUCUGGCUGCAUUCACUUACAUUCAUUUAUUGGGAAUUUUAAGAGAUUGUUUGGAAAUGGAUAGACUCAGCAAUUAAAAUGCGUAAAGCUUAAAACUAAGGAAAAUGAUAAUAGAGGACUUCAGAAAUUUGUAAAUGUCAUUAAAAAGAGAAGAAUUAUAUCUCCUAUCACAUCUCAUUAAUCUGCUGACUAGAAAAAUACUUAUUUUCAUUAUGCUGCUUGCAAAAUGAUCCUGUGCUUGAAUUUGUCUUUAAUUAUAACUGGGUUCUUAAUGUACUAUUUAGUUUUAUUCCUGCUGAAUUAUAUAGACUAAACUAAAAAGUAUGUUUACAAUGGCCAGUAUUUGUUUUCCGGCAUCAUCAAAUUAAAAGAAUAAUUCACUAUCAAGUUUAUGUUCACAAAAUACUAAAUUUAAAAGAUAAUUAAAGAUUUAUUUUAAGUCUGUAUUUUAGAUAAAUUUCAUAACUACCUUAAUUACAUAUGGACUGCAAAAGAGAAAUACUUUUCCCUUUAGAUUUCCACAAUUUUCUUCCAUAAUUUGUUGACAUUGACAAGCCCCUGUUGGGUAUAAAGAGUUUAGAAAACACGUAUUUGAAAAGUGUGUAUAGAACAGCAUAUUUUUCUCACAAUAAAUACCGAUGUUCUUUAAAUAAUUUAUAUUCCAUAUGAGGCUAACCAAUAAAAAUUAAAAUUCCCAGGUUCUACAUGUUGACAGCGCAAAGACAGGAACAUGUAAUUAAUUGAUACCUCUCAUUUAUAUGUUUUGUGGUAUAAAGUAUUUAUAGUAAAUUUAAGAUAGAUUCUUUGGGAAAGGACAAAAAUCUGUCAGUUAAUCUUGUAAUUUAAUUCUUAUCUUGUAUGUGGUGAAUUUAUAGUUUUGCUAUUUUAAAAUAAAUGUAAUCUAAGAAUUGAAAGUAUUAAAUGUAUAUUUUGGUUGUAUUAUAAUAAAACAAAUGUUAGUGUUCUGUAAUUAUAAGCAUUAUGUUACUUUGUAUAAUAAAAUUUUUAAACAUGAAA